GUGUGCGCGUGCGCGGUCGCCCAAGGCCGCGGCUGCUACGAUGGCUGCCAAAAGUUUUGCAGCGCGUCUCCGGCGCUCUCGGCGCUUUCUCAGCGGCUUCGUGGCCGGAGCGGUGGUGGGCGCCGCGGGAGCCGGGCUCACGGCCUUGCAGUUCCUCCGGAGUCAGGGCACUGAGGCUGCGUUGGCGGCGAGGGAGCCGGAAGGUUCUGCAGAAAAGGCUCUCCUGGGACAAUUUGGAUUUCCUUUAACUGGAACAGAGACUAGGUGCUACACUAACCAUGCCUUGUCUUAUGACCAGUCAAAGCGGGUGCCUAGAUGGGUUCUUGAACAUAUAUCCAAAAGCAAGAUCAUGGGUGCUGCGGACAGAAGAAAUUGCAAAUUCAAGCCGGAUCCCAACAUCCCUCCAACCUUCAGUGCCUUCAACAAGGACUACAUUGGAAGUGGGUGGUCCCGAGGCCACAUGGCUCCAGCGGGAAAUAACAAGUUUUCACCAAAAGCCAUGGCUGAAACCUUCUAUCUUUCUAAUAUUGUGCCUCAGGAUUAUGAUAAUAAUGCUGGCUAUUGGAACAGAAUAGAAAUGUACUGUCGAGAACUGACAGAGAGGUUUGAAGAUGUUUGGAUUGUAUCUGGGCCGUUGACCUUACCUCAGACUGGAAGUGAUGGAAAGAAAAUAGUUAGUUACCAGGUGAUUGGUGAGGACAACGUGGCAGUCCCCUCACACCUUUAUAAGGUGAUCCUGGCUCGCAGGAGCCCAGAGUCGACCGAGCCGCUGGCACUAGGGGCCUUUGUGGUGCCCAAUGAAGCCAUCGGCUUCCAACCCCAGCUCAGUGAAUUCCAAGUGAGCCUCCAGGACCUGGAGAAACUGUCGGGACUGGUGUUUUUCCCUCAUUUGGAUAGAACUAGUGAUAUCAGGAAUAUCUGCUCUGUGGACACAUGUAAGCUCCUGGACUUCCAGGCGUUCACUCUGUACCUGAGCACGAGAAAGAUGGAGGGAGCCCGAUCGGUGCCCAGGCUGGAGAAGAUCCUGGAGAACCUGAAGAGCACGGGGAUUGAGCCCGACGAUUACUUCAUGAGCUGCUAUCAGAGGAAACUGGAAGAGCUCAAAGCUAAGGAGCAGGCAGGACUCCCGGAGAGAAAGCCGGCCUAGUUUUCACCUCGGAAGCGAGGUGUCUCCUGCAGUGAAGCAGAUGCCCUCUUCAGGCUCAUGUAUGGGAGAGGCUUUGCUUAUUUAAAAACAUUAUGGAAUCCUAAAUUUAGGACUAAACUCGCCUAAAAGACGAAAGAGCUAAAACCUUUUUGGUUAGUAUCUUACUUGACGUGGAACUAACUGUUAAAGGGACUCAACAGCCAAGAUCCAGGGCUGACCUUGGGUCGGGUUAACGGAGGACGGUGUGUGCGCGCGAUGGCACUGCCUGCGCCCCUCGGAGUGUGCUGUGUGUGAAGCGUCUUACCUUCACGUCCCCGAGUCGUCGUCUCCGAUGCAUCGGCGUGGCGCUCCUGGGACCGGUAUUGUGCAUUUUCCUUCCGAGGACCUGGGUGGGUCUCAGAGAAGCUGUUGGAGCUCCUCUGUAUUAUCCUGUCGACGUGGAUGAUACAGGGCGGGGCAAGAGCAGAUUUAUAGUUCAUACAAUAAUGCGUAAUAAUACAAGAAUAAACUUUCGCAUACUCACA